AUGGAAAAGUUUGCUAUUGUUGGGACUGAAUAUGGGCCAGUUAUUGGUGCUAAGGAGUCGACAGUUUUGGGAAGAAAUUACUACAGUUUUAAAAGCAUUCCUUACAUGAAAGCUCCUGUAGGAAAUUUACGUUUUCGAGAUGCCCAACCACCUGAAAAAUGGGAAGAUGCAUUAAAAACAUAUGAAACUAGGCCAUCAUAUUUUUCAGUGAAUCCAAUGACAAGGAAAGUUGAAGGUCAAGAAGAUGCAGGCAUUGUUAGCAUUCACACUCCAUAUCUGAAUCCUUCCAAACCACUACCCGUUGCUGUCUUCAUUCAUGGUGGUGGAUUUCAAUACGCUCAUGGUGAGAGUGACAUUUUCGGAUCAGAUUAUUUGCUACAAAAGGAUAUUAUAUUCGUGUCGAUAAAUUAUCGAGUUGGGCCUUUGGGAUUUCUAAGUUUGAAGGAUCCAUCAUUAAAUAUUCCUGGAAAUGCUGGCUUGAAAGAUCAAGUUUUUGCAUUAAAAUGGGUUCAACGAAACAUUAUGAACUUUGGAGGGGAUCCAAAUAAUGUUACACUUUUUGGAGUUUCUGCGGGUGCAGUUUCUGUUCAUUUCCUAAUGAUAUCAGAAAAGGGUAAAGGUCUUUUCAACAGAGCCAUACCCUUGUCUGGAACUUCAUUCAUUAAGUCGUGGGUGUUAGCACCGAGAAAAGAUAUCACUGAAAGAUUAGCAAAAAGUUUAGGUUGGGAUGGAAAUGGUGGAGAAAAAGAAAUAUUAGAAGUUCUUGAAAAUGCUGACGCUUCAGCAAUAGUCGAAGCAGAAUCAAAAAUUCUGACGAAAGAAGAAAUCAUGACGGAACAUAUUUUGUUUCCUUUCGUUCCAGUUGUUGAGCCUUAUGUCAACGAAAAUACAUUUGUGCCAGAAGAUCCCAUUUUAAUGGGGCGCAAGGCUUGGUCAAAUGACAUCGAUUGUUUGCUUGGAGGAACAUCACUUGAAGGAAGUUUAAUGUUUUUCGGUUUUUCUGGAAGUGACAAGUUUUGGGAAUAUAUUACGACACCUGAAACACUCGUUCCAAAGUGGGAACUCAAAACUAAUUCGACUCGUCAUUUACACACAUUUAGAUUUAAACAAUUUGGAGAUAAACUAAAAAGACUUUAUUUUGGCGAUAAAAAUUUUUCAGAGGAGACGAAAAAUGAAUAUUUACGGCAUGCAGGUGAUCUCCAUUUUUGGCAUGGAAUUUAUCGUGCAGUUAUAUCAAGAGUUGUAUCAAAAGGCACUGGAAAGACAUUCUUAUAUCGAUUUGAUGCACAGACAAGCUUAAAUAUGAGUCAAUUGUUUUUUCAAACUAAACUUGAUGGUGCAGGUCAUGGUGAUGACUCAUUGUAUUUGUUUUAUCCAAAUGUUCCUUUCUUUAAAACACCAGAAAUUGGAUCAAAAGAAUUUAUGCUCAGCAAACAAAUGAUAUCGCUUGUAACUUCGUUUAUCAUUAAUGGUACACCUGAGUGGGACGGUUGUGAUUUUAAAUGUAUCGAAAAAGCGUCUAACAUAAAUUCUGUGAAGGAUUUACAAUGCUUAAAUAUUGGCACCGAUUCAACAGAAAUAACAUCUUUACCUGAACAAGAUCGCCUAAAAGUAUGGGAUGAAAUGCUUAAUGAUGUUAAGAUACCAGUCGUUUAA